AUGCCUGGCGGAGUCUGGGCAUCGCUGAUCGCGCUGACGCUCCUGGCUCGCGGGGAAACUCAGCCAGGUCAGGAGUGCUCUCCUGGGGGACACCAGUUUCUUCGGAGUCCUUAUAGAAAUGUCCAUUUUGACUCAUUGCACCUCCAACAGUCAGCUGUUCAAGACCUGAUAUGUGACCAUUCCCUUUCCCCAGGAUGGUAUCGAUUUCUCAUCUUUGACAAACCUGCUGAGAUGCCCACCAAAUGUGUUGAGAUGAAUCACUGUGGAACUCAGGCCCCCAUCUGGCUGUCUCUGAGAGAUUCGGAAACACUGCCUCCUCCUGGAGAGAUUAAGCAACUGACAGCUUGUGCUACGUGGCAGUUUUUGUUCAGCACUGCAAAAGACUGCUGUCUCUUUCAAAUCCCAGUAUCUGUAAGAAAUUGUGGAAAAUUUUUUGUGUACUUACUGCAACCCACUCAGGGAUGUAUGGGCUAUUGUGCAGAAGCUGUUUCUGGUUCAGAAGUAAACCCAUGUGGCCCUGAUGAAAUUGAAAUUGGAGGUGACUGUGCUCGCCAGCUGUCUGCCUCAUUGCCACCUGCACCUCCAGGAAGGCCAGAGGUUGUGGUGGAGUCGAUUGAGUCCAAGCUUUUCUGUAGGUGUUCUUUUGAUGUUUCCCCUACAAACGACUCAGUUGGAUUUCUCAUAGCUUGGUCUAGACUUUCUCCUCAAGAAAUCAAAGAGGAAUUGAAACAAGAGACCACAGUUCAGGCAUUCUCUCGUUUAGAAUUUGAUGGCAUAAAUCUCAGACUUGGAGAUAGGAUAUUUUGCAGUGUUUCUAUCUUUUUCCUGGAGAAACCACAUAUACAAAGUUUAGCCGUCGAAAGCCAAGAAUUUUUUGCAGGCAUUAAGUUACAACCUGAAUUGAGCACUAUAUCAGAAGAUGGGAAAAAAUAUCAAUUGAGGAUUGAGAGUACAAUUCCAAUUAUUUGUUCUGAAUUCAGUAAACUUGGUCAAGAAUGCAAAAUCUCAUUAAAACUGAAAACUAUUGAUCAAGGUAAAGAGCACUUUGGCUUAAAUUUGGCACUGUCUUCCUGUCAUGUGGACCUUCCUCAGGCACCAUCCUGUGCUGAUGGAACCUGUAGCCAUGCUGUUGUGCAGUACACUGCUGUGACAGAUUUUUCUCGAGAUGGAGAUAGAAUUACAAGCAUUGAAGUACAACCUAUAGUUAAUGAAGAUUUCCUAUGGAACAGCUAUGUUCCAGCCAGCAUCCAGAUCAAAGUAAAGGACGUCCCAACUGCUUACUGCUACUCAUUUACUGACCCACAUAUAAUUACAUUUGAUGGAAGGGUAUAUGAUAAUUUCAAGACCGGAACAUUUGUGCUUUAUAAGAGUAUGUCACGUGAUUUUGAAGUCCAUGUGCGUCAAUGGGAUUGUGGAAGCCUUCAUUAUCCUGUGUCAUGUAACUGCGGGUUUGUUGCCAAAGAAGAAGGUGAUGUGGUUACUUUUGAUAUGUGCAGUGGUCAGCUACAUGAAUCACAACCAUAUUUAUUUGUAAAAAGUCAAGACGAAACCAGCAAUAUCAAGAUAAGUGAAUCUUACUUAGGAAGAAAAGUCACAAUUUGGUUUUCUUCUGGAGCAUUUAUCCGUGCUGAUCUUAGUGAAUGGGGCAUGAGUUUAACAAUCAGAGCCCCUAGUUUAGAUUAUAGAAACACCUUGGGACUUUGUGGCACCUUUGAUGAAAACCCAGAAAAUGAUUUCCAUGAUAAAAAUGGAAUAAAAAUUGAUCAAAGUUUUAAUGAUUGUGUUGCUUUUAUUAAUGAAUGGAGGAUUUUACCAGGAAAAAGCAUGUUUGACACGAUGCCUACUUCUCUGCCAUCACCAGAAAAACUAUCUUUCUGUAGCUGCUCAUUAGGCCCUGAUUCACUAUAUCUAUCUAAUCAUCUGGACAGUGCUUCUCAAUCAGAAAUUGCUGCAGGUUGCAAAGACCUCAAACAUGUCAGAUUCUCUUCUUUGAUACCAGAACUGGAUGUCACCUCUGAAUAUAUUAAUUCAGAGGCUCUUGUCAGACAGAUAAACAAGCAUACAUCUAGAGAAGAAAAUAAUUUGAAUUUCUUUCUGCAAGAAAAAAUGCUUGUGAACCUAACCAAACUGGAUUUAAAUUUACAAAGACAUCCUCGGAAAGAAAAACAAGACACAUCAAAAACUUUAGACAAUGAAAGACAUACACAGGAUCCAGGUAGCCACAACAAAGAAAUGAGAUGGAAUGGACAGAACAGAUGGAAACAGCAAAACUUUCAUGAGUUUUCCUUGUUUGCUUUUCAAAGUCUCAGCCAUACCGACCUGGAAAGGUUUACUUAUUUUUUCCCUGAGGACUACGCAGAGGAUAUCCACCAGGAGUUUGUCCCCUCAUGGCCCACACCCUCUGGCCUUACCAAAUCCAGCACCUUAGCCCUCUGUCAACAGAAUCUAGCCAACUCCAGCAUAGGAAGGCUCUGUCUAUCCUUUCUUGGCACAAGACUAGACAGUGUUAUAGACAUGUGUGUUCAGGAUGUUCUGUUAAAAGAUGAUCUUAGCUGGGCAGAAGCAGGUGUGGCCCUUUUAGAGAAUGAAUGUGAAAAGCGGAUUUUGGAAGAGGGGAGAUAUAACGCAAAAGUAUAUACCAAGUCAAUUGAAGACAUUCUCUCCAUAUUAAAAUGCCCCAAUUUGUGCAGUGGCAAUGGGCAGUGUAUGGAAUGGGGGUGUGCAUGUCUCCCGGGCUUCAGUUCCUAUGAUUGCAAUGAUUACUAUGACAAAGCUCCUGAAAUUACAGAACUUGAGAAUGCUGGAUUCUGUAAUAUCCGAAAAUAUAAUUGUAUGAUGGUAAGAGUUUUUGGUCAAGGCUUCAAAGAAUCACCUUCAAUGAAAUGUGAAGUUACUAAAUUUCAGUAUAAUAGCGGUAAAUGGGUGCUCGGAGAACCCAUCUAUGUGAAGACUAUUUUUCGAAAUAGCAGAACUAUUGAUUGUCAGCUGCCCACCGACCUGCAGCAUUCCCAUACCAUGGAUUUGAUGGGUGAGGAACUAAUAGUGAAAUGGCAAUUAAAGGUAUCUAAUGAUGGUUAUAAAUUUAGUAAUCCCAAAAUAAUGGUCGUAUAUGAUAGUGCUUGUCAAGUUUGUGGGCCCCAUGAAAAUGACUCAUGUACUACCAGAAAAGAUGUUUGCAUUAUUGAUGGAUUCUGCUACACUGAAGGGGAAAAAAAUGCAACCAGCCCUUGUUUGAUAUGUAAACCCCAAAUUUCAAAAUUUACUUGGUCAUUUUUAGAAAAUAACCAGCCUCCCGUGAUUCAAACAUCACAAGACAAAUUACAGGCAUUUUAUGGGGAAAACUUCGAAUACCAGUUCACAGCCUUCGAUCCAGAAGGUUCUGAUAUCCAUUUUACUUUGGAUUCUGGUCCUGAAGGAGCAAGUAUUUCUUCUGCAGGACUUCUUAUGUGGAAAGUAGAGUUACAAACUCCUCAGCAAUUCACUCUACAUCUCUAUGAUGACUGUGAUGCUGAAACUAGAGUCACAAUUGAGGUUACUAUAAAAUCUUGUGACUGCUUGAAUGGUGGAUCAUGUGUAUCUGAUUUGAAAUCUCCUCCAGGAAGUGGCAUGUACACGUGUUUCUGCAUGCCUGGCUUCAAGGGGAGUCUUUGUGAAGUGAGUGCCAGUGAGUGCCAGUCGAACCCCUGUAGCGUUGGCAGAUGCAUUAGUGGUUUGCACAGUUAUGCCUGUAAUUGUCCAUCUGAACUUGAAGUUGAAACACAGUUUUUCAAUGAACUUAAUACACAAACUAUGGAUCUCACAAAAUCUGACAAAAGCGCAGAUAAGGAGCAGGACGGUAAAAAUGCCAAACAGAGAGAAAGGCAUGAUGAGCCAACAAAUGGAAGUGUCUCCACCAUUUGUAGACACCCAUGUGGAAAAAGCAGGGAGUGUGUUGCCCCAAAUGUAUGCAAAUGUAAACCUGGUUAUGCUGGCUCUAACUGCCAAACUGCUAUAUGCCACCCUGAUUGCAAAAACCAUGGGAAAUGUGUUAAGCCUAACGUGUGUGAAUGUCUCCCAGGACAUGGUGGAACAAACUGUGAGGAAGACCGUUGUAACCCACCUUGUCAACAUGGUGGCUUGUGCUUGGCUGGCAAUCUCUGCUCGUGUCCUUACGGUUUUAUAGGACCAAGAUGUGAAACAAUGGUUUGUAACAGGCACUGUGAAAAUGGAGGUGAGUGUGUUACACCAGAUGUUUGCCAUUGUAAGCCUGGAUGGUAUGGACCCACCUGUAGUACAGCUUUGUGUGAUCCCGUAUGCCUCAAUGGUGGUUCCUGUAAUAAGCCAAACACUUGCCUCUGUCCAAAUGGAUUUUUUGGUGCCCAGUGUCAGAAUGCUAUUUGUCACCCUCCCUGUAAGAAUGGUGGCCACUGCAUGAGAAAUAAUGUGUGCAUCUGUCGUGAAGGAUACACCGGUAGAAGAUGCCAAAAAAGUAUCUGCGACCCUAUGUGCAUGAACGGAGGAAAAUGUGUGGGACCAAACAUUUGCUCUUGCCCUUCUGGUUGGAGUGGAAAACAAUGCAACACACCUAUCUGCUUUCAGGAAUGUAAAAAUGGUGGUGAAUGCAUCGCUCCCAGCAUAUGCCAUUGCCCUUCCAACUGGGAAGGAGUGGAUUGUCAAACACCAAUUUGCAAUCCAAAGUGUCUUUAUGGAGGCAGGUGUGUAUUUCCCAACGUGUGCUCUUGCCGCACUGGACAUGUUGGAGUCAAAUGUGAAAAGAAAAUACAGGAGCAGUGCCAGCAGCAGCAGUCCCAGCCCCAGCCUGGCCACCACAGUGCUACCCAUGUCUGCUCCAUCGGUUCUCCGCACUCUCACUGGAUACUGCAUGCUUGGAAAACCACUGGUUUGGGGGCAGGUGCAGAUGAGGUCGAGACUUAG